GCACAGAGUCGGAAGAAUGUUUGAUAGAGUAUAGGGGACGAAAGACAGUGUUUUGCAGAGCCUUGUACACGACGGUCGGGAGGUGGUUGGCCUCUCUCUGGUGUAUUUUGUGUGUGUGUUUCAAUUGACUUGAAAGAAUCGAAUUCUGUCAUCAUCAUCAUUGCCAAGUUUGUGAAGAAGAAGACCUCACCACCAACUCCUCAGCACCAGUGUUGUACAACCUUGCCCUAGGCUACGUGAAAAAAAGCCUAGCGGCCGAGUGUUGACGGCGACCGAGUCGGUCGAAGCACCAACUCGGUUCGCGUCUGUAUUAUUCGGACCGAAUUUCGAUUCUCAACUUAUCAAAAUAAUCUCACUGUGAUGUUGUGAAUGGUUGAUCAUCGCACCUUGUUGGAAUUCCUGCCGGGAAACCCUUUCGUCAUCAUGCCUGUUCGAAAACAAGAGGCUCAUCGGGCGCUGGAGCUGCUGGAAGAAUAUCACACGAAAUUGACGUCACCGCAAGACAAACAGCUGAGAGCGGCCAUCGAACGCGUUAUUGGCAUUUUCAAAUCGAGACUCUUCCAAGCUCUACUCGACAUUCAGGAAUUUUACGAGCUGACGCUGCUGGACGAGACGAAAACGGUGCAACAAAAGACGGCCGAGACGCUGCAAAUGGCCAGCAAAUGGGAAACGGCUAAUCAACAGUCAGGGCCGGCAGCCGUCAUCAUUCCGACGCGGUUCGGCGACAGCAUUCAACAACAGUCGUCGUCUUGCGUCACGGCCGCCUCGACGUCGUCGUCGUUUCCGAUGGAGAGCCCACGACAUCACGGGACUAGGGGACGACAGGACAACGAUCCUAUGGUGUCGGUUGACAUGGUGGACGGUCACGGUGUCAACGAGUCGGUCAUUUCGGCGACAGAGAGGAUCGUGAUCCAGCAACAGUCCAAUAACCUCAAGAUUCAAUCUCACCUGUCGCCCGGAUUGGUCGUGGAUAAGCAUGCGAACGGAGGCGAUGAAUCGGCGUGGGAUUACGAGGAAAUUAUUCUCGAGAGAGGCAGCUCUGGUUUGGGAUUCAGCAUCUCGGGUGGAACUGACAACCCGCACAUUGGCGACGAUCCAGCCAUCUGUUUGACGAAGAUCAUCCCGGGCGGUGCGGCUGCCAUCGACGGCCGCAUGAAGAUCAACGACGUCAUCUUGAAAGUGAACGAUGUGUCGGUGGUGAACGUUCCCCAUUCAGCUGCAGUCGAAGCGCUCAAAAGGGCCGGCAACCUCGUCCGUUUGAGCGUCAGGCGACGCAGACAGCCCCGAUCUCCUCGCAUCGUCGAAAUUGAAUUGUGCAAGGGCAACAAAGGACUGGGAUUCAGCAUCGCGGGAGGCUCGGGAAAUCAACAUAUUCCCGGCGAUAAUGGAAUUUACAUUACCAAGAUCAUGGAUGGCGGAGCGGCUCAAGUUGACGGGCGACUCGCUGUCGGCGACAAAUUGAUUCUCGUCCGGAAUUUACCCUUGAUGACGGAGAAAAAUUUAGAAAACGUUUCGCACGAGGACGCCGUUUCGGCGCUCAAGUGCACGUCAGAUCGCGUCGUAUUGGUCGUGGCCAAGACGGAUGCGCCUCUAGCGCCGAUGCAAGUCGUCGGACAGCCCCCUACUACUCUCCUGCAACAAACGCCUCUACUCUCACAGUCGGCCGUCAAUCUAACGACUCACCACUCGCAUCAGCCUCCGUCUCCUAAUCCAGGACUCGCGCCUCUUGACGUCAGCGGUGCCUACGAUCCGAUCGAAAUUCCUGGUGCACUUCAAGUUUCGACUCCGCGGGCCGUUAGCGAAGAAGACAUUGCCAGGACUCCUCGAUCUGUGGUGCUAUCGAAAGGAACGACCGGAUUGGGUUUUAACAUUGUCGGUGGUGAGGAUGGCGAAGGCAUUUUCAUCUCGUUCAUCCUGGCCGGCGGUCCAGCUGACGUGAGCGGCCAACUCCGACGUGGAGAUCAAAUCCUUUCCGUCAAUGGACACGACCUCAAACAUGCCACUCACGAACAAGCGGCAUUAACACUCAAGGGAGCGGGCAAUACUGUCACGCUGUGCGUUCAGUACCGACCUGAAGAGUACAACCGCUUCGAAGCCAAAGUCCACGAACUCAAACAGCAGAUGAUGACCGGCACCCUGAUGAGGACCUCACAGAAACGAUCCCUCUACGUCAGGGCCCUUUUUGACUACGACCCCAACAAGGACGACGGACUGCCCAGUCGUGGCUUGUUUUUCCGCUACGGAGAUAUUCUGCACGUCACCAACGCCUCGGACGACGAAUGGUGGCAAGCGCGACGCGUGUUGGCCACUGGCGAAGAGGAGGGUAUUGGUAUCAUUCCCUCCAAGAAAAGAUGGGAACGGAAGCUGAGAGCUCGUGACCGUACCGUCAAAUUCCAGGGCAAAAGUCCUACUCAAGAUCGGCAAUCUACUUUGGAGAGGAAGAAGAAAAAUUUCAUCUUCAGCCGGAAAUUCCCAUUCGUUAAGAGCCGCGAGGAUCAGUCCGAGGAAGGUUCAGAUCAAGAACCUUCAGCAAUGACACCAUCAGAAAGUGACUCCACCAGCCUUAAAGAGGAAGCUGUUUUCUCCUACGAGUCGGUUCAGCAAAUUGAAAUGACUUACACCAGACCAAUCAUUAUCCUUGGUCCACUCAAGGACCGCAUCAACGACGACCUCAUCUCCGAGUUUCCCGAAAAGUUUGGCAGUUGCGUCCCUCAUACGACUCGGCCGAAACGGGACUACGAGGUUGACCAGCGGGACUAUCAUUUCGUGGCCUCCAGGGAACAGAUGGAAGCCGACAUUCAAAACCACCUCUUUAUCGAGGCCGGCCAGUAUAACGAGAAUCUUUACGGCACUUCUGUCGCAUCCGUUCGGGAAGUAGCCGAGAAGCAGGGCAAACAUUGCAUCCUGGAUGUCAGCGGCAACGCCAUCAAGCGGCUCCAAGUUGCUCAACUCUACCCCAUAGCUAUUUUCAUAAAACCCAAAUCAGUAGAGGCCAUCAUGGAGUGGAACAAGCGGAUGACGGAAGAUCAAGCCAGAAAAACUUAUGACCGAGCCAUGAAACUAGAGCAAGAAUUUGGCGAGUACUUUACCGCCGUUGUUCAGGGCGACACACCGGAAGAAAUCUACGCCAAAGUCAAGGAAGUGAUUCGAGAGCAAUCCGGUCCCACGGUUUGGGUUCCAGCCAAAGACAAACUUUGAAUUGCCAUCGUCUUCAUCAAAAGAAAAACUUGUUUUUGGACGAAACUUCUUGGGUCGUCGAUUCUCCAUCCUUUUUAACUUUUUAACAUCAAAACGACAGAUCAGAAAAAAAAUCCACCAUUUUUAUAGCCCAUCUCGCCGUCAUUUCUUCUUCAGCGAUGCUGAUAGCACCGACCUGAUGACUAUACAAAUUGCAUGCCAAUCCUUCCUUCCUUCUUUUUUCUUAGGAUUUUUAAAAAUUGUUGACUUGGACGAAAUUCCUUGUUGUUCAUGCAUUUCUUUUUCCAAUUCUGGACAAUGACUCCCUUUUCUUCUUUUCUGUGUAUUUUUCUCUCUCCCCCCUGAUUAAAGAAAAAAGUUAAUUACUGUGAAUAUAGAAAACCACAAGAACAAAAACCAACAAGCAGAUAAAAAGCUGGGACAUUUUUCCGGUCAAAAAGAGGAAAAAGAAAGAAAUUCGAGUGGAUUUUUCGUUGCUGCUAACAGCUGCUGCCAAACGUUCCAUCACGUUCUUAUUUGUUAGACCUGUUUCAAAUGUUUAAGAAAAUGCGCCAUGUUCUUGAUAACCAAUCCAUUUUAUUGUUGCUUCUCUCCCCCCGUCCUUCUAGAGAAUGUAUUUACUUGCCUCCUUUUUCUGACGAAAAUUUUCAUCUAAACAAAAAUAUUUGAGACGAUGUGGUUGUUCAACACGUCGGAGAAUAUUGGGCCCUGUCCUAUUUUUCACAUCGUUUGAGGUUGUAGACCUCAUCUACAACACGAUGAUUGAAAUCAGCUAUUGACAAACAUUUAUGAGCUCUGACGGGCCUCAGAAAUGACCCAAGUUCUUUGAAAGAGAAUUGCUGAUGAUGACAAGAUCCGUUACAUCCCUCCUUUCCCGUUUUCCUUUUUAAAUCCUCCAUGAUUGUACAGUGUUCUUCAUCAAGAUUGUCUCCCUUUCUCUUGUUUGAUCAUAAUAAUAAUGUAUGAGAACGAG